UAAUUUCUUAUGAUAACCAAACACAGUUAGAGAUUUAGAAUUUCGUAGUAUCGAGGUACUUUUAUUCUUUUCUUGAGCAGGAAGUUGAGCCUGUAAAAACACCCACUCACGCAUUAGUCUGUUCAGUUUUGAAAAAGAGAGAAAAAAAACUUCCGUCUCUUCUCGUCACUGCCAUCGACCACAGCAAGCACUGUCACGUCAAAUUACCGAAAAACCCUCGAGAAGAAGUAACCAGAAACGAUGAGUCGUGGAAGCGGAGGUGGAUACGAUCGUCACAUCACCAUUUUCUCCCCCGAGGGCCGUCUCUUUCAAGUAGAGUAUGCUUUCAAGGCAGUUAAAUCUGCAGGGAUAACCUCGAUUGGCGUUAGGGGAAAAGAUUCGGUUUGUGUGGUUACUCAGAAAAAGGUUCCGGACAAGCUCUUGGACCAGACAAGUGUAACACAUCUCUUUCCCAUCACAAAGUACCUUGGUUUGCUGGCCACUGGCAUCACAGCUGAUGCCAGGACACUAGUUCAACAAGCAAGAAAUGAAGCAGCUGAGUAUCACUUUAGAUAUGGAUAUGAGAUGCCUGUCGAUGUGCUGUCUAGAUGGGUUGCAGACAAAUCACAAGUCUAUACCCAACAUGCUUAUAUGAGACCACUUGGAGUAGUUGCCAUGGUUUUGGGUAUUGAUGACGAAUAUGGGCCCCAACUUUACAAAUGUGACCCUGCUGGUCAUUACUUUGGUCACAAGGCCACAAGUGCUGGAUUGAAGGACCAAGAAGCAAUCAAUUUCUUGGAAAAGAAGAUGAAGAAUGACCCUUCAUUUAGCUAUGAGGAGACAGUUCAGACUGCCAUUUCUGCCUUGCAAUCAGUUCUUCAAGAGGAUUUUAAGGCCACUGAGAUUGAGGUUGGAGUUGUGCAAAAGCAUAAUCCAGAAUUUAGAGUUUUGUCCACUGAGGAAAUUGAUGAGCACUUGACUGCAAUAAGUGAGCGUGAUUGAGUUCAUUAAAAGGAUUUGACUAUUCAAACUUUAUGAUGUUAAAUUAAAUAAUUUACAUGCUAUCUUUGAAUUGAUAAUUUUAUGGUAUUUGAGAAUAUCUGGUUACCAAAUCUAAAGUUGAAGAUUAUGUAUGCCGUUAUUAUAAAGUUGGAGCUUGCGAAUCA